AUGGAAGGAACACCAACGAACCAGCUCAUCGUGAGCAUGAGGACCAGUGAUCGCGAUGCCGUGGCAGCGGCGGCAGCAGUGCUGGACAUGCGGCAGAGGUUGGAGCGUGCAGGCGAAGUACUCUUCCUCAAGACCUAUGGCGAGCUGCAGCGUACCGUGGCCAUCUUCGGCUCCAUCGAAGAUGCCACAACCGCCAAGAGGAGCGUGGAAGAGGCCGGCUUCGAAGCACACUACGGCCUGGGAGCGGAUCGUGAGACGGUCCGCAACUUCCAUCUGGCGCCACCGGCACCCGAAAAGAUGUUCCUUCUCAGUCCUCCGCCCUCUCCUCCCGAGGGAUGGACCCCACUCUACGAGGGCAUCAACUCGAUUCCACACUUCAACGUGGAACUGAACCGUACGCCAGGCGACAAUGUGCUGCUGAAGGGCGAGCGGAGCCUGCCCACCAUCACCCUCGACGAUUUUGACCAGCAAGACGACAACACGCGCGCGGCGGCAAAGAUCACGGCGCCGUCUUCACCAUGGACGACUGAUCGUGCUGAAUCACACAACAGGUUCUCUCUGUACAUACCAAUCCAUCUUGAGAACAUCAACGCAAUAACAUCAUUGGCCCACUUCAUCUGUUGA